AGUAUGCGUUUGAACACGUUGCAACAUUUCAUCACGUGUCUCGCGUCUUUUGUGUUUGGCCUCUCUACGUCACAUGUCUGAGUCGUGUCCUGACGUCAUCAGCCUUCACGGAAGUCCGCGGCAGUGGCGAUGAUGGCGGCCUCGUCAGCCUACCAGCAGGAAGAGGAUGUUUGCUUCCAGUGAAAGGAUAACAUCGCCUGAUUCUAAGCUUGUGUAACGGAGUAAGUGGCCGUCGAGGGUUUCCGCCGAGCCCCUGAAGCAAAGACAGCUCGCUUUCCGUCCCGCAGCCGGCUUCUGUGAGUUUAAAGCGGGCGCUGCUGGAUAAGAUGUCCCUGUUCCAGUCGGCACUGGAUUUCCUCGCCGGGCCCGGCUCGUCCGGAGCGGCCAGUCGGGACCAGAAUGACUUCGUCGGGCAAGUUGUUGAGCUCGGCGACAUGAAGUUGAGGAUCAAGCGGGUGAUCGCUGAAGGUGGAUUUGCAUUCGUGUAUGAAGCCCAGGACAUGAGCAGUGGUAAAGACUAUGCCCUGAAGAGGCUGCUGUCCAACGACGAGGAGAAGAACAAGGAAAUCAUACAGGAAGUCUGUUUUAUGAAAAAACUGUCAGGUCAUCCCAACAUUGUGCAGUUCUGCUCUGCUGCUUCCAUCAGCAAGGAGGAGUCGGACACUGGACAGGCCGAGUUCCUGAUCCUCACUGAACUUUGUCAAGGUCAGCUGGUGGACUUUAUAAAGCGGGUGGAGCAGCGGGCGCCCCUGUCAUGUGACACGGUGCUGAAAGUCUUCUACCAGGCGUGUCGCGCUGUGCAGCACAUGCACAAACAGAAACCUCCAAUCACACACAGAGACCUCAAGAUUGAGAACCUCUUGAUUAGUAACCAGGGCACCAUCAAGCUGUGUGACUUUGGCAGCUCCACCACGGUGUCACAUUACCCCGACUACAGCUGGUCAGCUCAGAAGAGGUCCAUGGUGGAAGAUGAGAUCACAAGGAACACAACUCCAGCGUACCGAACACCGGAGAUGAUCGACCUUUACUCCAACUUCCCUAUCAACGAGAAGCAGGACAUCUGGGCACUUGGAUGCAUCCUCUACCUGCUGUGUUUUAAACAACAUCCAUUCGAGGAUGGAGCAAAGCUACAAAUUGUCAACGGGAAAUACACCAUCCCGCAGAAUGAUGUCAAGUACACUGUGUAUCAGGACCUCAUACGUUCCAUGUUAAAAGUAAACCCAGAGGAGCGUCUGUCUAUCACAGAGUUAGUCAACCAGCUCCAGGAGAUAGCAGCAGCUCGCAACGUUAACCCCAAGUCUCCCGUUACAGAGCUGCUGGAGCAGAAUGGAGGUUUUGGGAACAAUGGAGCCCAGCCGCCCAUGCAGAUCCACAGCGUCCACAACAGUGCAGGCAUCUAUGAUCCGGAUCAGGCGGGCAGCGGCAUCUUGGACAUCCUUAGGGGAGGAACCGAGCGCUUCCUGACCAACAUUAAAGACACGUCCUCUAAGGUUAUCCAGUCGGUGGCCAGCUAUGCCAAAGGGGACCUGGAUAUAUCAUACAUCACCUCUAGAAUAGCAGUCAUGUCUUUCCCAGCUGAAGGCGUGGAGUCGGCCAUAAAAAACAACAUUGAAGACGUCCGUCUGUUCCUGGAUUCACGUCACGCUGGGCACUAUGCUGUGUACAACCUCUCUAAGCGAUCAUACAGGCCCUCUCGAUUCCACAACAGGGUGUCAGAGUGUAACUGGCAGGUGCGCCGUGCCCCCAACCUCCGCAGUCUCUACAGUGUUUGUAAGAACAUGCAUCUGUGGCUCAAACAGGACCAGAGGAACAUCUGCAUAGUGCACUGUCUGGAUGGCAGAGCGGCAUCGGCGGUGGCUGUUUGCUCCUUCCUGUGUUUCUGUCGCCUUUUCAGCACAGCAGAGGCGGCGGUCUACAUGUUCUCUAUGAAGCGCUGCCCACCCGGCAUAGCCCCCUCACACAAGAGGUAUAUCGAGUAUAUGUGCGACAUGAUGGCAGAGGAGCCCAUUGUCCCCCACUGCAAACCCAUAGUCAUCCGCUCCAUCAUCAUGACGCCUGUGCCGCUGUUCAACAAGCAGCGUAAUGGUUGCAGGCCGUUCUGCGAAGUCUAUGUAGGAGACGAGAGGGUCCUCACCACAUCACAGGAGUAUGACAGGAUGAGAGAUUUUAAGAUAGAGGAUGGGAGAGCAGAGAUUCCCCUCAAUGUCACAGUUCAAGGAGAUGUUUUGGUGGUGAUCUAUCAUGCAAGAUCUACGCUGGGAGGGCGUCUACAGGCCAAGAUGGCAUCAAUGAAAAUGUUUCAGAUCCAGUUUCACACAGGCUUUGUGCCCAGAAAUGCAGCCACUGUGAAGUUUGCCAAGUAUGACCUAGAUGCCUGUGACAUCCAGGAGAAGUACCCAGACCUUUUCCAGGUCAACUUGGACAUUGAGGUGGAAUCUAGGGACAGACCCACCACUAAGACUCCUCCAUGGGAGGGUUUCCAAACCAAGGGCCUCAACCCCAAAAUUCUUUUCUCCUCUCGAGACGAACAACAGGAAAUCCUGAGCAAAUUUGGUAAGCCGGAAUUGCCCCGUCAGCCAGGUUCCUCUGCUUUUUAUGACUCUGAGUCCAGCCACCAGCCAGCUCAGACUCCAGAGAGCUCCAAUGCAACAGAACCAGAAUCUCCUGUGAGCAACGACACCAAUGCCAACAACUUCUUCCAGACGUUAGAUUGGGAAGAAGUGAGUAGUCCCCAGGACGCCUCAAACAGCCAGGGAGGAGGGGGGUCCAUGAACGAGCAGGAGGACCUGAGUGAUCAGUCAGAGGGAGAGUCCUACUCUUAUUCAGCCCCCAGUGGGGAGCCACUUUCACGUGACCCCAGUGAACCACUGUUUGAUGCUGAUUUCCAGACAUGUCCACCUCUGGACCAGGAAUCUCCUAUUGGUGACACCGCUGACCUCCUGGGGUUGAACUGUGAUCCUGAACCUCCUUCCAUGCCCUCAGCCUCCUCUGCUCCUCAUCAGGGAGGCCAGGGAGGACUCAAAGCUGCUUCCAGCAACAGUGACCUCCUCAACGACUUGUUUGCACCCCCUGCUGGUCAGCCAGGAGCAGGGCAAGAGGAAUUCUUCUUUAGUGGACCAAGCAGUGGGGCGACGCCAGACUCAAAACCCAUGAGUGACCUGUUUGACCCAUUUGGAAUGGGCUCUAACUCUGGAGUGGGCUCCAGUGUGGGCUCGUCUCGGCAGGCCUCUGGACCGGACCUCUUUGGAGACUUUUUGGCCUCCGAUGGCUCAGCCACCAGCGGCUUCAGUUCAGCUCACAGUAACCCCACUCCUGCCUCCAACGCAAGCCUCUUGAACCUCAAUAAGGUAGUGAAUGACACCCCUAAGAUGACCUCGUCAGCCAGCCAGCCAGACCUGCUGGGUGGAUGGGACAGCUGGGCAACCAGCACCACCACUAGCAUGAGCGGCUCCAGCAGCAGGGCUCACUACACCAACGCAGCUUCGGGUGCGUCGUCCAUGUCAAAGGCCAAAUCUCAGACCUUUGAUCCAUUUGCUGAUCUUGGAAACCUGGGCUCCAAUUUACCAAGUUCCUCCAGCAGUAACUUUACAGGGCCUUCUUUUAGCACAAAGGCUCCUUCGUCCUCUACGUCCUCCUCAGCUAAGCCUCAGGGCCAGGCCUGGCAGUCUGGGAGACCCAGCUCAGCACAGAAUAAAGCUUGGACACCUGGAACAGGAUCUGGGCCUGCACCCAAAGUGUCUUCAGCACCUCAGUCCGCAGGCACGCAACCCAACAAACCCAAUUACAACCUCAACUUUUCUAGCGUCAUCGGCGGGAGAGAGGAGAGAGGCGUUCGUGGGCCUGGAUUUGGCCCCAGGCCCAAGGUGAAGGAGGAUGAUUUUGAGGAUCUGCUGUCCACUCAGGGUUUUGCCUCUAGGCCUGAUAGAAAGGGACCAAGGACUAUUUCUGAAAUGAGAAGACAGGAAAUCACAAGGGACAUGGAUCCUCUUAAACUACAGAUCUUAGACUGGAUCGAGGGAAAGGAGCGAAACAUUCGGGCUCUGCUGUCCACUUUGCACACGGUGUUGUGGGAAGGGGAGACUCGCUGGAAGCCUGUGGGCAUGGCUGACCUGGUGACGCCUGACCAGGUGAAGAGGUUUUACAGGAAGGCUGUGCUGGUUGUCCAUCCAGAUAAGGCCACAGGUCAGCCUUAUGAACAGUACGCCAAGAUGAUCUUUAUGGAACUGAAUGAUGCCUGGUCAGAGUUCGAGAACCAGGGAUCCAAAGCACUCUUCUAGUCUGGAGCUCGGCUAAGCCAGACCAGACUGGGCCAGAUUGAUCAGGACUGAGCUCACAUUGGGCCUUAGGGAGCACAGAGCCUCUGAGAGGUGUCCUCUCUACCAUUCCCUUCACUCCCACCUUCACUUACUUUCUGCUCUUUCUACAGUCAUGGAGAAAAAAGACUUUUUGCCUCAAAUACUGACCCAGCUCUAGUGAAAAAUGUCCUGACUGGGUUCAUCAGCAAACCAGUAAACAAGCAUCACGAUCGUUCUUAAGCUCACUGCCUACCUGUGCGACUGCCCACGUGGUGCUGCAACAGGAGGAGGAGGAGGAGGGAGAAAUGGGUGACAAUCACAGGAAGACAAAGUGGAACAAAGAAUUGACCAAGAAGAUUUUCGUGUCAGUGGUAUUUGAAUAGAAACGGCCCUCAAAUAACCCUUCGCCAAUAAAAUGAUGGUAAUGUUUGGACUGUGGUUGGUAAGUUUGUUCACUACAACCAGUCGAUUAAGUGAGUGGUUACAAACCUCAACACGGCUGUUGAUUAGUUCUCUACGGGAGACUCUGAAUGUACCAGCCACACCAACAGAUGGACACCUCCUCCCAGCCUUUGGUUGCGUUUGUUGUGGAUCCUCCACCUACUGAAAGACACCUGCUGAACACUACUAGCGCUGCUUUUACCAUCCCAGUUAUUGCUAAACUCAUUCAGACUGGUAUUAAAAUCUGCAUCGUAAACCUCGGACUCCCCACAGUGACGGUGAAAUUGUUUGAGAGCCUUAUAGCCUCCAAUAAGCAGCCUCUUUGUUUUUAAAGUGCUCUUUGACCUCCCCCCACCGGGGCUACGCUGCGUAGCUGCCCGCAUGCUCGCCCACAUCCAGUCCCCACAACAACGGUGGAAAGGUGUGUUCGCAUGGUCGUCCAACGGCACAUUGACUCUCAGUGAAGUGCUGCUGUGACUGUAGCAGAAACAGAGAACCGACGACCCCCCGAUGUGUCUGAGCAUCAGGCUCACUCUGCUGAAUGCGUUUGAGCAUCUCUGUGACCACUCGUCAUUGCUGACCUCUUCGUCUCCGUGAGCCUCAACCCAGUUCAGAGGACAUCCAGCACACAGGACGUGAAAGUGAAGGACCGACAAGAGAAAACCUUGAUUCAAUUUGCUUUUGGUUUUAUUCUUUCUCGAGCUUUUUUUUUUCUGUGUUCAUCAUGUGUUCGCAUUAAGGUUUUGUCAGUUGAUCAUCACUUUGGUGUUAAUAUUAAAGUAUUGUUCCUUAGGCUGCUUUGACAGCCUGCGGUGAUUGUUAGAAAGCGUGACUUGUUGUGUGCGUGGGUUUCGUUCUGGGGGAACAUAAUCAUUGUUGGGCAUCGUGCUUUCUUACAAACAUAAGCUUCUGUGUUUUUAGUUUGUUUUUUCACACUUUUGUCUAAAAAAAUCUUUUCAGCUUUUUCUCGUUUUUCUUUUAAUUUUACACUUUACCUCAUGGACCAAUCACCUGUUUUCUUAUUUAUUAGUUUUUGGAGAGUUGGGCAUGAGACACAGAUAAUAUAUAGGCGGGAUGUGCCGAGUGCAAGUGGUUGAUCUCAAGCCUCUUUGUUGCCGUUUUCAUUCCAAAGCUAAUAUUAAUAUGAAUGUGCUUUUACAAAUGUAAAUAUAGAAUAUAUCCUCUCUGUUGUUAUGAGUUAAGUGUUUAUCAUUUGUCUGCUCACUUUUUUUUUUUUACUUUUGUGUUUCCUCAAAACUUGACACAUUUCCAACAAGAGGGGUCAGAAAUCAUAGGUGAGAAAAAAAAUCAAGUGAAUAAACCGCUGAGUAAUCAGAGUAUGAGGGACGACGGCAAAACCACACAUUGGCAGUCAACUGUACCAAAUGACGUCAUACUAAUAUGAAUGUAGAUUUCAAUGCAAAAACAAGACAUUAAAUCGUUUGAUCUGAGGCAAA